UCUUCCGAAAACAACAGUAGUUCUUUUAUGGACUCGAAAUCGUCAGUACGUGUGGCGUCGAAUACCGGUGGAACAACUGCAUUAAACGAUUAUGAUGUGGACGACGAAGAAGAUUUCAUAAAAGUGUAUUUCGCGUCUGGCACAGUACUGAAGCCGUCCGACAAACCGUACGAUCUGCGGUCAAAAAUAUACGAAGCAAACCGAGAAUUGGCAAACGCCAGCGAGAGCAAAUUUGUGAACGUUCCGGGAAAAGUCAAGUUCGACAACACUGUCGUGGUAUUGGACAGUUUCGAAGACAUUGGUACAGUGUCGAUCGGCACGGAAACACUUCAAGGGGCCGAGGUUAUUCUUUCCGAUCGUCCGAUUGAUGACACCGAGGAUAAAGACAUUUUGGCAAAAAUUGAUUUGUUAAGAGACGAUGAUGCAGACGACCAAAACGAUGUGAUAUGCAGUUCGACUACCGAUAGGACGCAGGACACAGACACAGACGACAAAGCUUAUUCAAGCACUUCGUUCAGCAGGAGUUUUUCGUCUGAUUCCGACGACCCAUUGUUCAUAAAUGUUAUAGAGUCCGGGGAUGAGUUCAAGACGAUCAUGGACAGGAACAACAAGACGCGCCAAGGAUCGGCGAUUGACGAACAGGUGACGUACUUCCCGGAACUGUUCACUCACACGCAAUACAAGAUGUACGAAAACUGUGCUGAAAAACCGUUGGAAGAAGGUGAUGUAAACAUAUACGUUCCCAAGAAACUGGAUGCGGAGGAGCUGAGAAACAAGCUGAAGGAAAUCACUGGAGAGCGUAAACGUGCGGUGCAGGUAGCGGGGGCGUCGAACGACAAGAAAGUCGACUGUAAGCCCAUGAAAAAAGUCGGUUGUUUCGCAUCGUUGCGGAACGUGCAAAAAAAAAUUAAGCAAAAUAUAAAAACAUCCGAGAAAAAGGUUCAACCGUCGUCUGCCCAGAUUCAGCAGCAGAUGAUCAACUGCAGCAACGGUAACAACAAUAACAAUAAUAACAACAACAACAAUAUUAAUAAUAAUAAUAUAAAUAAAAACAACAAGGCUCGCGUGACAUAUUACUUUGAAAUGGACCCAAAGGGUAAGCUCAAACCGCUGAACCGUAAGAAUAAUCGGCAGGCAGUCGACGAAACGAGUUCUUCGAACAACUGUAACGACAAGUCUGCGAAUAGGUUCUUCCACAUAAACCUGAGGGCAGCGAAAAACGGCGAGAACGCCAAGCCCCGAAUAACCAAGACGCCAAACGCAGAUUUGUUUCUGGAAUUUCAGACGGACAAGUCCGGAAACAACAAGGGGGCGAAGUUAGUGAUCAAAAAGAAGCAGUCCACGGUUGGGGAAGAGCUGCAACUCAGCCCGACAAGCUUGAGCGGUGGAGGUACCAUCAAGAAGUCCUCCGCCGCCGGCAGCGGCGAACGUCCUCGUUUGCCGGGCUACAACGGCCUCCGAUCCGAGUACGGGCUGUCGGCUGAACAACUGUUGGAGAGGCGUAACACUAGAAUGGAACGAGAGAGGCGGAGGAAAGAGUUGAGGCAAAAGAAACACGAAGAAGAGCAGAAGAAGAGAGCGGAAAACGAAAAAAAUUUCUAUAAAUGGCUGCAACAGAAAAAACAACUGAAGAAACACGCGAAGACCAUCAGACGCAGCUAUCCCAUGAACAGACUGACCGUGUCUUCAACAAGAGUUUCCAUAAAUUCUAUACACGACAAUGAUCAACGCAAAGGAUCAUUUGCUCUGGAAGAGUUGUUAAAGAUCAAAGAUGAGAAUAGCGGAUGGUUUAAGUUUUAAAAAAAAAAUUGUUAUUUCAUUUAUUAUACAUAAAGAUCGUUAAUAUUUAAUCGGUUACUACUUAUUAGUUAUUAUGAUAUAUUGUAGGUAGAUAUGAGAUAUUUUCAAUAGUAUUCCAUAGCUGUGGUUCUCAACAUCUUUAUAUAUAUCUUCAGUACUACCUACAAAUGUUCACUAACACCUUAAAGUAAAAUACAGUUAUGUCUUUAUGAGUAAAUGAAAAGAUUUUAUCACGAACUAAAUAAUUAUAAAACCGUGAAUCGUGAUAAAUUAUCAACUGCAGCGUUUAUAGCAUAAUAACCAAAGUAAAAUAUUCAAUUAGUAUUUUUAUAAAUGUCCAAGUGAUUGCUGUAUUCAAAUUUAUUAAAUUUAAUAUUUAAUAAGAAUCAAUACUAAUUUUUAAAAUUAUUUUAUCCACGUAUAGCUUUUAUGGUUAGGGUAUUAGGUAAUUUUCAUAUAUAGAUGUGAUGAUGUUGAGAACAGCGCUAUAUUCUAUAUAAUUUAUACAUUAUAUAUGCUCUAUGUUAAUAUAUAGAUUGAGUGUUGACAUUAUUGAAUUACUUAUACAAUAAUAAUUAUACUAACAUAUCACUGCCUAUGACUGGUAAUAAUGUAUUCUUCCAACCUGUCAAUUUAAUAUUUGAAUACUAAUAUUCUACAUUUUUUAUCGCCACUUUUGAUCUAAUUCACAUUUAUACCUCAUCGAAAACGAUUGAAUAAUAUAAUAAUGAUAAAUGCCAUUACAAAAUUCCAAAUCUCAAAUUUUAUACCUUUUUUAAAUAUUUAAAAAUAUAUAAAAAUAAGUUUUUGUUAUUAAAUAUUAAUAAGUUAUGAUUUAUGAUGUUAAAUUCACGUUUGUUAUUUUCAUUUUAAAUACGAAACUGUAUAAUAUAUUAGUGAAUAAUAAUGAAUAACGA